AACUGUGAAUUGUCAGAAAAAUAAAUUUUACAGAAUUGAAGAGGCGUUCAUCGACGAGUGUUCGUGAGAGUGCAAAGAAAGAAGAGUGGCUAUGGCGACAGAAUCGUCGGAAGGAGAAGAAGAAGUGAAGAUCAGUGGAGGGAAUCAAGUGCUUGUGGUGGACGAUGAUCUCAGAGAAAUGGGAAAGAAGGCCGCUUGGAGUGUCAGCUCUUGCAAGACCGGCAAUGGCGUCUCCUCUCUCCGCGACGACAAUCUCGAAACUUAUUGGCAAUCAGACGGAGCUCAGCCUCACUUCGUAAACGUUCAAUUUCAGAAGAAAGUAAAGCUCCAACUUGUUGUUAUAUAUGUAGAUUUCAAGUUGGAUGAGAGCUAUACGCCUGGUAAGAUAUCUAUACGAGCUGGGGAUGGAUUUCACAAUUUGAAGGAGAUUAAGACUGUGGAACUUGAUAAGCCAACUGGUUGGGUUCAUAUAUCCUUGUCCGGGAAUGAAGCAAGGGAAACUUUUGUCAAUACUUUCAUGUUGCAAAUUUCUGUGUUGUCUAAUCACCUUAAUGGGAGGGACACUCAUCUACGCCAGAUCAAAAUUUACGGGCCUCGACCGAACCCUAUUCCCCAUCAGCCAUUUGAGUUUACAUCUAGGGAGUUCAUCACCUAUUCCACAAUAAGAUGAUGUAGCAGACCUGACAUGAAAUGGAAAAUGGAUUGGGCGAGGAGCGUAAACUGCGAAGCUCGAAGAUAUUUGAAGCAUUUAGGAUUAGAAUACUACAAGAUUCUAAUGCAUGCCACCAUGUGAAAAUUGUGUUUUUGACAUGUUACCAAAAGGAAUCAUUGCUUGGUUUUCACCUGAUUCAUCUUGAAUGGGUUGAGAGAGGGUGUUUGUUAGGUGAUGUAUGUUUAUAUCUUAAUUAAUAGUUUGACAAGUGAAUGAAUAGCAUUAUAGAAAUUAAACUUAA